CGACUCCCGGCAGAACAGCAGGCAGGCAGGCAGGCAGACCGAGCGUCUCUCGCUGGAAGUUCUCGUUACCUCGCGGUGAAGUGUGUGUGGAAUCCCGGGUUUAUCCGCGUCUCAGCAUGGGGCUGACCAUCUCCUCCCUGUUCGGGAGACUGUUCGGGAAGAAGCAGAUGAGAAUUCUGAUGGUGGGUCUGGACGCUGCAGGUAAAACAACAAUAUUGUACAAACUGAAACUUGGAGAAAUUGUGACUACCAUCCCCACGAUCGGGUUUAAUGUGGAGACUGUGGAGUACAGGAACAUCUGCUUUACUGUCUGGGACGUCGGGGGUCAGGACAAAAUCCGUCCUCUGUGGAGACACUACUUCCAGAACACUCAGGGUCUGAUCUUCGUGGUGGACAGUAACGAUCGCGAGCGAGUGGCCGAGUCCGCUGACGAGCUCUCCAAAAUGUUGCAGGAAGAUGAGCUGAGGGACGCCGUGCUACUCGUGUUCGCUAACAAACAGGAUCUACCCAACGCCAUGCCAGUCAGCGAGCUCACAGAUAAACUGGGCCUGCAGAGUCUGCGCAGCCGAACGUGGUACGUUCAGGCCACGUGCGCCACACAAGGAACCGGGCUCUAUGAAGGACUGGACUGGUUAUCCAACGAGCUGUCCAAACGCUAGUGCUGUCCAUCACCUCACACACCGAGAGAGAGAGAGAGAGAAUUUGUGUGUGGGGGUGAUCUAUCUAUGAACUCUUUUCUCCACAACCAGUGUGUGAUGGAUGGGGCUAAAAGUGGGGGGAGGGGCAAGUCGAGCCAAGUGCUACCACCACCACGAUUUUAGUUUUUUUGUUUGUUUGUUUGUUUUUUCCUCUCUCUCAUUCCCUUUGUCACUUUUAGUUUUACUUCAAUGAUUUGAUUUCUUAGUAGCGAGUUCUAAAGGGUCGGCAUCACUCGAUCUGUCUAUUUCUGUUAUUAUAAAAUGAACAUGCCACGCCCAGUUCCGGGUCAGUGUACGGUUUAUGUAGUUCAAAAGUAGCAAGAGGUUUAUUUGAAGUUGCACCAGUUGAACUUUGUGUGUGUUUGCGUGUGCGCUGGUAAGAUGAACAGUUGCGCUGAAGUUGCUUAUUCCUAGUCUUGUUAGUUAAUCAAACUAAUUGGAUAAUUAGAAUUAGCAGUUUGGAUUUAAUGCAUCUGUAUCCAGCUGUCUAAUCUAAUUAUAGCAGCUCACCGUCUGCAUUGUUAAUUUAUUCAGUAACAGUUACUGUAGAUCAUUAGUGAUUUUAUUCUAAUAUGAAGAUUUUACAAAGAGGAACAUUUUCUUUAGUUUACAUUGUUAAAUGUUGAUUUAAAAUUAAAUCUCUGUUGUAGAAUUGUGCUUAGAUGAGAACACACCCCUUUUCUAUGAUUCCUUUGGGGGUGGGGCUAAUUUACACGCUUAAGCCACUUUUUAAUAAUGACAAACUGCACCUUUAACAAUGUUCACCCCUGUAUUAUAAUUUACACUGAAGGGAUCCCCGCCCAUAUUACACGUAUAAUUAUAAUGCGCAUACAGGAUUUAUUUUUUCCAAUAAUAGUUUUUGUGCCCUUUUUUAAGCUUAAAUUACUUCUACAGUCAUGUUCUAUUUCCAUUUACUGCUGCUUUUCAAUGUUACCCACAAAAAUGACAUCGGAGAACCAGUGACUCCACAGCACCUACAAACAGAUCAUCACCAGGAAUUCCUCAACACACCUCAGACAGUUCAGGAUAAACAGAUGUAGCGUGUUAGUGGUGGAGUUCAGCUGGUGCAACUGGUUUCUGUUGAUUUUACACUCCUGAUGUUUCUGCUAUCGAUGUACUCUAACUCAUCAUGGUUUGUUCCUGGAAACGAGACCAGCUCAGUGUUUUAGAGCAAUGUGUCAUCUGAUUUUAUAACCCGAGCCAUUUAGCGUCUGAUGUCUGGGUCGAGGGCCACCGGAAAACUUUAGAUUAAAUCCAACCUUUUUUUUUUUUUCUUUUCUUUUUUUUUCUCCACUUGUAACAUUCCGUGCUGAAUUGACUUCUUGUGAGUUUGCUUCCUUUCCCUUUCUGGAACCAGAGUCCCAGGUUUAGUGUGAAACCUCCCCAGCUGCAGUGGACCAUUCCUUCGUUACCUUUGUGUGUGUGUGUGUGCUCGUCUGGCUCGAACAUUUUCUCCAUGUUUCUGCUGUUGGGAUUAAUGCGAGUUCCUCGAGUGCUGCUCUUCACGGUCAACGUUUUAUUUGUGACUGAAUUCCUCUGAUAAACGCAGCGUGGCCCCGGCGAGUGUGUUACUCAUACGCGUGCGGGCACUCACACUUUCAUUUUCAGUUAUCAGGUGUUUGUGUACUUUAUCUAUGUAAGGUCUUGUUUUAGGAUAAAAACUGAUUAAAACAAUCCUGAAGAUUGGAACAGCAUGCAUUAGUGAAGCCUUAUGGACGUCUGUCUCUUUCGUCAAGGUUUUUAAUAAAGCGGUUAAUAAAAUACCUGCAGCUCCUGA